GCAGUUACCAUCCGGGUGGGGUGGUUGGUUUCGAGUUUUUGCGAGUGCCGGUUUAUGGCAUUUUGGAGUUAUUAGGGAGGGGGAGGGGGUGUUAUGUUUGGAGAGUGACCGUGCUGUGAAUUUCGUUAGCUAGGGACAGGCGUACGGUAUGUGAGGGGGAUGGUGGUGGGUGAAAGGGAGUUGUCAUAUCAUCCCGGUAUGUGCCGAGGUACCGUUUUGUUCGCUCACAUGCACCAUCCAUCCUCCUACAAGUGUUUGUGCGUGUGUGUGUGUGUGUGGGUGUCCCUAAGGGAUGACAAAAAGCGCGUAGUGGAAGAAAACAACAACAAAACCGCGUGUUUGUGUGGGUGCGCCAAUUAAUCCCCCCACCCAACCCGUUUCCCUCCCCCCUCCAGCAAACACACACACACACACACACACCUACAUUUUCCGGUCGUGUAGCGCCGUGUCCCAACUUUCCCAACACUUAGCUUUUCCCCUCUCUUCCCUGCCCUACUCCGCUCGUCCCUCUCUCUCUCUCUCUCUCUCUCUCUCUCUCUCUCUCUCUCUCUCUCUCUCUCUCUCGCUACCUGUUGUGACCUAGCCGGGCGUGACAAUUGUGUGCGCAGGGCAGUAUGGCGGCCACGGCCGAGUGGGAGCCACCGGUGGCACCGGAAGCGGCCCCGGUGGCGCAACCGGAACGCAAGGGGACAGGACCGGCGCCCGGCCCACCGGCCGCAAUCAACCGGAAAGCGGAAAACAAUCAACCGGACGAGAUACACUACGUCAACCCGUUCGUGCACAAGCUCGUCUGGGACGAUCCGAUCGACAAGGCCAAGACAGCACUGCUGACGGUGAUACUGCUGCCAUUUCGCGUCGUCCUAAUUCUCGUCUGUCUGGUGGUGGCAUGGGCCCUCGCCAAUAUCGGCCUCUAUGGACUGUCCAAGGAGGAUCUGCGUACGAAGCCACUGGUCGGCUGGCGGCGCCAGUUGCGCCAUCUGACCGCGCUCGUGAUGCGCACGCUCUUCCUGUUCGGCUCGUUCAACUACAUCCGGUACAAGGGCGUCCGGGCGUCGCCGAAGGAAGCGCCGGUCAUCUGUGUGGCGCCGCACACCGCAUUCUACGAUUCGGUGUGUGUCGUCCUGUUCGGGCCGUCGGCCGUCGUCGCCAAGUACGAGACCGCAUCGCUGCCAUUCUUCGGAAAACUGAUUGACUACGCCCAACCGAUCUACGUGUGCCGGGAGGAUCCCCAUUCGCGCCAGACGACGAUCCGGGAGAUUAUACAGCGCGCCAACUCGAAGGAGGACUGGCCCCAGAUACUCAUCUUCCCCGAGGGGACCUGCACGAACCGGACGUCGCUGAUCAAGUUUAAGCCGGGUGCGUUCUACCCCGGCGUACCGAUCCAGCCGGUGCUGAUGCGCUACCCGAACAAGGUGGACACUGUCACCUGGACCUGGGAGGGGCCGAAUGCCAUCCAGCUGCUGUGGCGCACCCUAACGCAGUUCCACACGUUCUGCGAGAUCGAGUUCCUGCCCGUGUACUACCCGAGCGAGGCGGAAAAGGCAAACCCGAAGCUGUACGCGGACAACGUGCGCAUGCUGAUGGCGAAGGCGCUCGACAUACCGAUCUCCGAUUACACCUUUGACGACUGCAAGCUGAUGACGUUCGUGAAGAAUGUCGGCAUGCCUCAUCCGGCCGCGAUUGCGGACAUUGGAAAGCUGCGCGAAACGCUAAAAAUUGCCGCCACCGAUCGGGAAAGCAAGAUCGUGGCGAGUGAGCGCCAGUUCACCGAUGCGAACAGUUUGCUCACCUACCCACAGUUUGCCGAGCGGAUGCAGCUGGACGUGCAGCAGGAGGCAGCACACAAUCUUUUCCACAAGCUGAUCCGGCCUGAAACGCCGGACGUGAUUGAUUUCAGAGAGUACCUACUACUUGCACUGUUUCUGAUAACACUGUACAAGCCGAAACUAAUAUUUGUUGAAUCUCUUUUUCAUCUGUACGGCGUGAAUGGACGUGUGAACCGUACGCAACUGUACCAAACCCUCCAGAAUCUGGUACGAAUCUCGCAGAAGGAGCUGAACAGCAUCUUUCUACAGGCGGAUCCGGACAAUCUUGGAACGAUUGACUACAGUCAAUUUGUCAAGGCAAUAGAGCGCAAUCCACUGCUGGCCAAGCUGCAGAAGAAUAACGAUCCCAACAACCUAAGACUGGGCUAAAGCAACGCACAACCUGAACUCUACUCUCUCGCUCGCUUCUACUGUACGGGUUUACACCAGACGCUCUUUCCCUCUCCCCCCCCCCCCAUUGCUGGCCACCCCUGCGGACCUGCGUAGGUGCAAGCAACUUUGUCGCAAGCAUACGCUCCUGACCGCUGAAGCAGACUGUGGAAACUUAAAAAAUAUAUAUAAAUAUGUAGGCUAGACGUAAGCCAGCGGGAAAAAAGAAACGAAAAUCGACGUUCGACGUCAAACUCCGUUCCAAUCUCAAUGCUGCGAGCGCACGCGCUGCAUUUGUGCCACCACGACGGUGUUUGUAUGCGCUUCGAUGAGUGUUAGGAGUGUUUUUGUUGUUGUGCUGUUGUGGCGAUUUCGUAUGUCUUAAACAUGGAAAGGUGUGCGUGUGUGUGUGUGUAUGUAGGUGUGUAUGUGUAAAGCUUUCGUCCAGCAAGUUGUAAUUAUUCCGUGUUCAUCCUUUACGUUUAGGACCAAAACCAAGGCCGCGGUGAAGAAGCAGCACCAACGUAGUUGUAGCGCGGCAGCAGCGCAUUACGUUGUAGCGCACAUAUGUUUGCACAAUUUGUUGUUAAAUCGUUACACAUUCAUACGAUCAAUGUGUGUACGCAUCGUCUGUGUAUUGCCGUGUCGUCUAUAAGUAAUAAUUAUCUAUAUAUGUAUCACUGUUCCGCACUGGGCGGCGCAGGUCGCGUGCAACAAGUACUCAAGCAACUGUUAGGUUACGUUUAAGUGUUAAGAAGAUGCAGGAUUCUAAAUGCUCAUGCCAAACUGAAGGUCUGAAGUCCGUAUUCCGAGCCGGGCGAGCGUUCCGCAGCAUUCGUGAAACGUCUUGUGGUAUGUGUUUGUUCUUCGUUUUAUGAUUAUUAUUGACUUGACUUGAUGGAACAGUCUGGUUUGAAUUUGAUUUUGUUGCGACAGCACUACAUCUUUGGUUCGCUGUUGUGGGAUCUUUCUUAAUCAAAGAUUCUGCAACAACAAAAAAGCACAAAGCACGGAGCAAUACCUUCGUUGUCUGUCAUCAGCUGAGAGCUUCAACUAUUACAAACACACAACAAAGUAGUAGAUGUAUUACACAUACACAUACACGAAACUCGUUCGUCGCACGAGUAAAUUCUAAUCAAAGAAACAUACUUAAAAGGAAACAAAAAAGGGAACUUAAA